AAGCCACGACGACAUCGGCCCCCCAGGAUCGACCCUCCCCUCCUCGUCGGUCCAUCGUCUCCAGUUCUCCCCUUUCUCUCGCGACAGACGAUUGCGACGGCGUCGACAUAGGAGAGGGCGUUCAUCCUUCGCCAGCGAUACUUUUGACGGUCGAGAGGGAGCCACGGUCACCGUCUGCCUGAUCUUCCCUUCUCCGUCGAGCAUCCUAAAAGGCACGCCUUCGCUGUGCGUUUGCCACUUCGACUCUCUCAAUCUACCGUUAUCGUCUCUCGGGUCUCCUCGCCUUCCUCCGUCUCUUUCACGACUUACUUUACGACCGGCCUCAAGCCCCUCCAAUCUACGCCGCAGCUCCCGGCUCCAACGUCGUAGCUCCUGCCCUUCCUCCCCGGUUGUGCAGAAGCUUGUGGCAUUCCUUCCCGUUUCCCGUGCAGAUGCCAGUUCCUGUCCCCGCUUACACCAAGCAGCCCGCCCACCCCGUAAUCAAGAUCAAUCAUCCCGUCCAGCCAGAUAGCGAAUCUUCUGUCUUCCAACACCUGACCCACUCCUUACCUCUCCCACCUCAGGGACCUCCGCCGUCCUACGCGACGAGGGAGGAGUGGAUCAGUUCGCUUCCCUCUUGGAGGAGAAACAAGCCCCGCCGUAUCUGGGAGGACGAGUCCGCUCGUGCUCAGGACUUCACUUUGCAGGAUUUUAACGAAGGGUUGGCCGUGACGGAUAACGUCUCGGUCAUUAAAGGAGAGCUCGCGCAAGCUUGCAUUCCGCCCGUCUGUUACACCCAGCCUCAAGCUCCGGCUUACGGCAACAUGUACUUGCCCGCCGAGGAGUUGGACGAGGAGAUGAGUGGUUUCCCCGUCGCUAUGCAAGAUUGGCGGAGUGACGAUGGCGCCUACGGGGUGGAUGUCCCGUCUGCCGAGAAGAAGCACUACGAGCGCAUGGCCCUCGAGAGUCCUCGGGAGGUCGACGAGGAUUACACUCAUCGGGUCAUCACCCGGUCUUAUUCAGCGCCUGACUCCACAUCUGAGUCAUAUGCCGGGUACGAGAGAGGUGCCUUCAGCCCCGUCCUCGAGGACCGCUCUCCCGACGGUCUCGGCAACUCCUCGCCCGAGGCAGCGGACGUCGCUGAACCCGGCUCGAGUCCCGUCGGGCCAGCGACUCCUUUCGCAGACUACGUCGACAAUGCCAUCGCCGCCGAGGCUCAGCUUAUUCCCGCGUUGCAGCGCAAUCGGGCUGUUGAGGUCGCUCAAGCUGCCGCCUAUAGCGCUCAUCACGACGGUUACCACGUAUCUUGCUACCAAUGCCAGACGUAUCAAGUGGAGCAGCCUAUGCAGCAAGCUCCCGUUGUCGACACUGUCGUGGCGCCUGUUGCCACCGCGGCCUACAAGAAACUCGCAGCACCCCUGUCCGAAUGGAUUGUGGGCUAUGUUUGGAAGGUUUGUACAACUGGCAUGCGACUGUCGCCCGAGUACGCUCAGCCAUCGGCCUUCCUCAAGCACUACCCGAGCACCCCUCCUGCCCAUCUGGUCUCGUCAACGCACUCGAUGCUGUUGUCGACGCUUCUGCAGCCUUCUGCUAUCUUCCUCGCGCUUUGGUAUAUCGUCCGUUUGCCUGUCUUCUUCGGACCAGUCGGUCUUUGCCCGGAGCAUGCGAAGGAGAUGCGGUUCCGUGCCGAGCUCCUUGGAGACGCUCAUAUCGGGACGGACAGGGAUGUCAUCGAAGCCUAUGCCCCUUUCCGCUUGAUCUUGCUCGGCUGCAUGCUGGCUAAUAAGUGGUUGGACGACCACACCUUCUCCAACAAGACUUGGCACACCAUCUCGAAUGUUCCCAUCCGCUCGUUGAACCGGCUUGAGGCUCUCGCGCUCGACAUCUUCAAGUACGACCUUUCCAUCUCAACAGAGCAAUGGUCGACAUGGCUCUCGGACAUCAUGGCGUAUCACCAGGCUUCGUCCUCGCCUGUCUACCCGCAACCCAUUUCACGGCCCUCGACGAGCCCCCACAAUAUAGUGCGUGAGGCUAUCGAAACUCUGGUCGACGCGCGACCGGUUGACUGUGGAUGCGGUGGGAACGAUUCGCCCGCGUGUACCGUUCCCCCCCAGCCAGUUUUCGUUGCCCUCGACUCUAAGAAGGAGAAAGCUAGCAUCGAGGAGACUUACGUGGACGACGUUUUGGAGAUCGAUCUCGACGAGGAUGGCCCUAUCAGGGAGGAGUACUUGCCUAGGAGGCGCACCAGCCGUCGCUCCUCUGGCUUCGGCUACGUGCCUUUCGUCAAGUUUCCUGAGCGUAGUCUUCCUCCACCUGCCAAGUGGAGUCCAGCUGCGGACGAACCCAUAGUACGCGAUGCGUCUCGACCUCACGGCCAGUACGUGGCUCCGCAGCCUGUGGCUCAUUUGCCUAUGGGCCCCGCCCCCCCGCCUCCGCCCCCGCCCUUCCAGUCGGCGAUGGAUGUGCAUCGUCCGUCGUGGCCCGUGGGUGGGUAUAUAAUGGGCCAGGAGCCUGUCAACCGUCCUACGGUGUUUGCUCCUCCGCCAGUAUUCCAAGCUCCCGUUCCUGGCUUCGAGUAUGGAUAUGCCAUGCCGCCGGCGCCUCACGGACAUGCGCGUUCCCACUCCCUUACGUACAACCAGGCCAUCGCAGAUCAAGUCCCCGCCCGAAUGCGCUCGUACUCGCAGACGCGAUACGACCAUCCCUACAGCGACGUCCGCGCUACCGAGCCCCACUUCUUCCCUCCGCCCGCAAUGUCUUCACAUUGGGGUGCCUAUGACCGUGUAGGCUUCCCAACUUCGUACGAUCGCCCCUUCGGGCUCCAGCACCGACCCUCGCUGAAGGCGUGAGGUUGUAUAACACACGUCUAGAACCGCAACGGAGAUUUAGAUAGUUGCACUUACUCCUCGUCUCGGUACCUUCCACGCAUCAUUCAUUAUAAUAAUCUGCCUCCGUCGGCCCCUGGCGUAUCAUCCCCCCACUUGAGUUGCUCUGCGCAAGCGUAGGGCAGCUCAUACGCCACUCUCUACUGCGCGCCAGCUUUCCGCAUUCUUCGGUCAUGGUCUCUUUUAUGUCUCUCGCAUCACAACAUCUUUCCACUGCUCGGGCUCUCCACUCUCCACGACAUAUCCAUCCUGUCUCCGGAUUGCCCACUCCACUCUCCACUGGCUGCUCAACAUCGACAACACGCACUUCGUAUCUAUUCUCACUACUAUCGGCACACGUUUGGGGCCAGAGGUCGCUAUGCGACCCCGCCCGAUCUCGCCCGGAGAGCCCCUGUCACUCGUCAAUGACCUAUGGCGCCGUAUAUCAGCAUUCCCGCACGUUGGACGGACCUGCUUCCUCGCUGUUCGAUAUCGCCAUCUUUCACCUCGGUCUCCUCGUGUACAGAAUACCUUGCCGUACAUUCACGCUUCUGCUACCCUAAUGUUGUUUCAUGUCGCUGUCCUCUCAAUCGUCUCGUUCUGGUUUUUACAUCACGUCUGUUCUGCUGCAUUGAUCACAAACGCACAAAAACAUACGGAAAAUCCAGAAAACCCCACACAUCGCGCAUCUCUCGUUCAGUCGUUUCGUACCUUUGCCUUUGUGGUCCCCUUUCACACGCACAACCCUCCUCCUUCCCCCGCUACGAAGCCCCCUUGCUUCCUACCACCCUUUGUCCGCUUUACCCCUGUAGCAUGCUUCAUCCCCGUAGGUAGCUUAUGUGACACCAUCC